AUGGAGGUCAUGGAGGUUUUGGGGGGCCGGGAGGCACGCGAGGUGCUGGGAUGCCGGGAGGCGCAGGAAGUCCCGGGCAGCCGGGAACUGCAGGAGGUGUCGGGGGGGCAGGCGGUGCAGGUGGUUUCGAGGGAAGUGCACAGAAAGUGGUGGCCAAGGGGGACUCUGUGCCCUCCUUGUGGCUGCGGAGGUCGCGGAAGCAACGAAAGCCUCGGC